AAGUUGAUAAAAGUAAUGCAAUGUCGGGUUCCUAUCCUCAGGGCUAUAAACAUAUGAUGAAACGUAUUAGUAUAGAUGAGAUCGUGAAUAUUGAAAAUGACAGGAAUAGUAACAGAAGCAACACAACUAAUACCGCGAUUAAUAGUGAAGUUGAUAUUUAUAGCAAUAGUGAAGUCAACCUAUAUCAUGUUGUGGACAAUAGUAAAACAAACAUGUAUAACACCAUAUCUUAUGUCGCAUAUAACACCGUGAACAAUAGUGAAACCAACACGUAUAAUGCCAUAUCUUAUGCCAUAUAUAACGCCAUGGACAAUAGUAAAACCAACCUAUGUAAUAUUGUGGAUAAUAGUGAAAUCAACGUGUAUAACACCAUGUAUAACACUGUGUAUAACGUUGUGGAUAAUAGUGAAACCAACCUAUAUAGCGUCGGGUAUAACGUCGUGCACAAUAACGAAGCCAAUGCAUAUAAUGCCGUGGAUGAUAAUGAAGCUGACAUUGAGGAUUAUUAUGAAGAAGUGUAUCGUGGUGGUAUAGAUAUAGAGGACUCAA